AUGUACGAACCCGCCAAUUCCCUCCAGCUUCCCUACAUCAAGCAGCAACAUCUCCCCCGCCGAUACGAGUCAGACGAGGAAGACAUUUCCGAACCAGAGUUGGGUGGUCAGGAAAACGCCUUCUCGCCCGUGGAAUCCUACAAGGCCCGCGAUUCCGACGCCAGCGCCGACGAACUCUCGAAUGCUGACCCCGCCGAAUCGAAUAUGGCCUGUCUCCUGUCCCCAUUGUCGACCACCACCGAGAAAGCUUCGCGACCCGUUUCGAUGGAUACCGUCAAGCGCAGUAGCAGCACCACCUUCGUGGCAGACUCGUACAUCUUCGAUCACGACGACGACGUAAUCAUCGAGCUGCCGUCUCCCGAUUCCACCUCGCCUCUCCACUCGCCCGUCUUUCUUCAACCUAAUGUUUACGUCCCUCCCGAGUCUCCCGCCUCGUCGAGACGUUCUUCCUCGUCUUCCAUCUACUCGGAAGAUGAUAAUACAGACCUGCUCGUAGCGGAGCAGGUCACCUACGUGGAACCUUGUGCCAAACCUAAUAUAAUCCUAAUCAGUCCGACGGAAUCGUCUCAUACCUCGGAGAAUUCGAUCCCCCCUGCGUUGAAGUCAGCUCCCCUUCAGCCUAGUCACAGCAGCAGCAGCAGCAGUGACAGCAAACCCUUUGGGGAUGGGGAAGGUGUCUAUUCUCUCAAAUCCGCCGCCUCAUCACAACCGUUCUUGAGCAGUUUCAACCAUGAAGGAGGUACUGCUCAGGGAGAGGCACGAUCGAGAAAGAGCGGACUGCGUCUGAACACGACGGAUCUCGAGGGUCCCUCUUACGAGCUUCCGACGCCACAGCUCACGCAGUCGCCCGAACCGUCCAGCACGCUGUCGCUGCGGGCCCGCUCGAUGACUUUCUCACGGCCGAAAACUGCCGUGUCCGAGAAGGCGCCCUCGUUCAAGCCCACGACACGGUCUCGUGCACCCACCGAGUCUCUGCGACGACCUCCGUCGAUUCAGAGCAUUCGCAGCGCCAACCUUCCUUUCUUCCACGGACGACACCAUUCCACCUUCCCUGCCCCCGACAACUUCUAUGCUCGCCCCAUCUCCUGCUCUCAAUCCGCCGCUAGCUCCGAGUACUCGAUGUCGCCGCAGAACAGCCGACCUCCUUCUCGCACCCCUAGCCCCGCAUCAAACUACUACUCUGGCCCCAACUUCACCCGUCAUCGCUCCAGCUCGUCCUACAGCGUGUCCAGCGUGCCUGCAAGCCACAGCAGCCGCAACCCGUUGCCGAUUCGGAAUUCUCUGAUGAAGAGCUCGACUUCAUCGAGCAUGUACUCUUCCAGCAGCCUUCGCUCCGAGGUGGACAGCCUUCGCAGCUUGGACCCGAACGACGUUGCCGAAACGGACGGCAAGCGGGGCAAACUGCAACGCAAGAAGAGCCUGCGACUAUUCAAAGAGCCGAAGGUCGACAGCCCGGAGCAAACGACGAAAAGCUUCAUGGGAUUUCUGCGCGCGAAGAGAAAGUCGACCUUAAAAUCGCCUAAUGCUUAA